CCGAAGUCGAAUUCCCAAGAAGUAAGAAGAAGAAGAAGAAGAUGGCGUACGCUUACACUCCCACCUACUACUCCUCCUUCCACGACACCAUCACCUCCCUGUGCAAGUCGAUCCUGCCCUUCGGCCUCAAGAGCCGGCGGCCGCCGCUGCCGGACCAGAAGCUGGCCAAGUGCCACUCCGACAGCCUUAAGUGGCAGCAGGACUCCUUCCACCGAAUCCUUCACCUCAUGGGCCUUCACAAGGAAGGAAUGGUGCCCGAGAGCGACGUGGCCGCCUUCUGCACCCAUAUGCUCGACACCCUCAUCGCCGCCCCCAGGGAUCCAGACCCGCCCGGCGUCAUCCGCGACAAGCUUCUCUUCUUGCAGGAAUUGUUGUAUGCUAAAUGCAUCUCUGCGGAGGUGUACCAUUCAUCCAAGAGGCCUCUGCUGCAGAGGCUCGCGAUGCACGGCGCGGAGCUUGAUUGCCGCGACGUGAUCGUCCGGUGCCCGACGAUGAGCUCCGAGGAGGAGUGGUCGUUCAUAGAGCUCGGGGACAAAGAGCCCCCUCCGGCUGUAGAGAAGGCGAAGCACCGAACUCCCAUCAAAGCCUUCAUCGGCAAUGCGGCGUCGUGGACGACGGGGAAGGGGAAGAAGGACUCCUCCCAAACGAACAAGGGGCCUUUAGGCUCCGUGGAUGUGAACGCCAUGGACCCAUCAAGGCCUUCGAUGGAGAACCCCUUUUGGGCCAGGAACCAACCGAGCGACAAGAGCUCGAUCCUGAUGCCGGAGGGCUCCCCGUUGAUCCCCAUCAAGUCCGACAAAGGGAAGAGGAAGGCAUUCCAAGAGCUGUUCCGGAGAGAGAGGCGAGAUGAGAACGAGAACAGCGAGCCCCUAAUUGCUGAGCCGGAAGAGAAACCGAUGAGGCCGACGAAGAAGCACUGGGGACUUGACGUGCUGAAGAAAUGGAAGAGAGGUGGCGGCAACGAGGACGAAUCCACCACUCCCUACUUGCCCCCGGGGAAGAGAUCGGAUGAGGUUUCGUCCAUCGCCUGCACCCUUGCCGCGAGCCCCGUCGGCGAAGGCCCCGACACGAAACGGCUCAAGAAGAAGAUGCACUCUGACGAGGUCUCAGCAGAGAAGAUAAAGACGGAGCUCAGUCGAAUUCAAUCAGAGCUGUGCGCGAGGAAUCCAAACCUUAAUUUCUCGGACGAACAGAUCGAGGCAAUAUCAACCAAGCUUCCCAUCGACAAGGCCGACUUGAACGACUUCUUUCCCAAGUCAUGGUGCGACAGGCACGGAGCCGUCGUGCUCGACGUGGUGAGGAAGGAGUUCAAAGGUCAUGUGGGGGAGAUGGAGGCCCUCCGUAGCUCUGCAAGAGACGAGCAUGGCAGUGCAGAGAAAUGGGUAGCCUUCCAAGAGAAGGAUGACAGCUUCCAUCUCAAUCUCUUCUCUCACAAGUCAUGAACCACAAGACUUCACAUUGAUCUCUCUCUCUCUCUCUCUCUCAAAGCAUGCAUGUCAUAGUUCUUAGAAUGUGUGUGAUUCUUCUCUCUCCAAAUUGAUUUCUUUUGCUGUCUGUAAGUGAGAGACGUAUGAAUGAAUCUCUUCCCAGUUCGUAUCUAAUGCAGAGGGGAUUCCUUGAC